AGUAGAACUGGUUAGUAGAGACCCUACUGAGUAUUUACCAACCCACUUUUGCUGAAACAGGUAGAAAAGGUUUCUCUCUACAGCCUAAUAUUUUCAACAUACCACUGUCAACAUAGUAUUUUUUCCGUAUUGGUCUAUUAUUAUUUGUUUAACCAUAUUUUUGUAUUUCUUUUCUUAAAUUACUUAUUGCCUUUUCUUGUUGGCACAAUAAAGAGACGAGAGAGUAGUUGACACUGAUGCGUGUAAAAUUCGCGUAGCUAAAUCGUUUGCUGCGCUAUAAUUUUACACAAGAGGGCGACAGAAAAUAUUCUAAUUUGUUGGGAUAUUUGACUUCCAAACAGACAUUUUUCGACAAAAGAAUACGAGUGCAAAUAGGUUAUAUCCUGUAUUGCCAGCCCCAGUACUCAUGCAUUGCUGCAAGCUAACUGGCUACUCGUAGCUUCGACUUGAGGGAUUGUUCCUUAACGUGCGUGAAAAACUAAUCACUUCCUUCUUUUGAAGAGGAUAACGAGGACGGGCGCUGCAUAGCUUGUUCUGAAUUUCAUUUUCCUGGGGUCUGGUUUUUAUUCUAACAACGGAGCUUAUCUGAAUUAGGCUAUUCCAUCUACUAGUAUCUUGAUAUUAGGACGACAGCGACGGGUGUCGGAAAGGUGUUAGAGGCAGCACAGAGAAAGAGAGUGAGGAUGCUGACCGGUAAAUCGGUGAAAGACAUUGACAGAUAUCAAGCUGUCCUUACAUCGCUACUAUCACUCGAGGAGAACAAAUUCUGCGCGGAUUGUGAAUCCAAAGGUCCCAGAUGGGCGUCGUGGAACCUGGGUAUAUUCAUCUGUAUCCGCUGUGCUGGGAUCCACAGGAACCUGGGCGUCCACAUCUCCAGGGUCAAGUCUGUCAACCUGGACCAAUGGACACAGGAACAGAUACAGUGUGUCCAGGAGAUGGGGAAUGCCAAGGCCAGACGACUUUAUGAAGCUUUCCUACCAGAGUGCUUCAUACGACCAGAGACUGACCAGUCAGCAGAGAUGUUCAUCAGGGACAAAUAUGACAAGAAGAAGUACAUGGACAAGGUUCUAGACGUCAACAGACUUAGAAAAGAGAAGAGCUGUGAAAACAUCCCCAUGGAGCCAGUAGUGUUUGAGAAGAUGAAGUUGGUGAGUUUGAAUAAGAGAGAGAACAGCCCAAAGACACAGACCCAGUCUCCAUCUAUCUCUGACCUCCUAGGACUUGACGCUCCUGCUCCUCAUGCUGUUGUAUCUAAUGGUAGAUCCAGCCCUGGAGAGAGGGGGAGUCCUGCGGCGGCUAACCCAGCUACGAUGCACUCUGACCUGAAUCUAUUCAGCUCUCUGCCUGCCUCUUCCACCACCUCCACCAAGACAGCGCCGGUGGGUAGCUCCAUGCCCAGGGGUGGUGUGGCCACGUCGGAACCCGAGAACCUCAGCCUGUUCCUGGACUCAGCACCCAGACAGGAGGGCUCUAGGACGAAGAUGUCCAAGGACUCUAUCCUCUCGCUCUACGCAACCACACCCACAUGGCACCAGAACCUGGCUGCACGAGCUGGCCUGUAUAUGAACCCAGCCCAGCUGGGCUACUACGGAUCAUACCAUUCCCUGGCCACGCAGGGGGGAGCGAUGGGAGGAGGCAUGAUCACAUCACACUCCAUGAUGGCCCUGAGUGGUCAGCAGCAGAACGGCAUGAUGGGAGAACAGCAGAACGGAAUGGUACUAGGACAGCAGAAUGGCUUUAUGGCUCAACAGGGUGUCACGGGGCAAGCGGUCAACACCUCCCCGUUCCUGGCAGGAGUGCCCCACAACAUGAUGGCUCAGCAGCAAAGCAUCAUGGGAGCUCAGCAGAACGACAUGAUGGGAGCUCAGCAGCAAAGCAUCAUGGGAGCUCAGCAGAACGACAUGAUGGGAGCUCAGCAGCAAAGCAUCAUGGGAGCUCAGCAGAACGGCAUGAUGGGAGUUCAGCAGCAAAGCAUCAUGGGAGCUCAGCAAAACGACAUGAUGGGAGCUCAGCAGCAAAGCAUCAUGGGAGCUCAGCAGAACGGCAUGAUGGGAGCUCAGCAGCAAAGCAUCAUGGGAGCUCAGCAGAACGGCAUGAUGGGAGUUCAGCAGCAAAGCAUCAUGGGAGCUCAGCAAAACGACAUGAUGGGAGCUCAGCAGAACGGCAUGAUGGGAGCUCAGCAGAACGGCAUGAUGGGAGCUCCGCAGAACGGCAUGAUGGGAGCUCAGCAGAACGGCAUGAUGGGAGCUCCGCAGAACUGCAUGAUGGGAGUUCCGCAGAACGGCAUGAUGGGAGUUCCGCAGAACGGCAUGAUGGGAGUUCCGCAGAACGGCAUGAUGGGAGUUCCGCAGAACGGCAUGAUGGGAGUUCCGCAGAACGGCAUGAUGGGAGUUCCGCAGAACGGCAUGAUGGGAGUUCCGCAGAACGGCAUGAUGGGAGUUCCGCAGAACGGCAUGAUGGGAGUUCAGCAGAACUGCAUGAUGGGAGUUCCGCAGAACGGCAUGAUGGGAGUUCAGCAGAACGGCAUGAUGGGAGCUCAGCAGAACGGCAUGAUGGGAGCUCAGCAGAACGGCAUAAAGGGGGGAGUGGCGGCCAUGCCUCAGCAGGCGUACGGAGUACAGCAGGGUCAGCAGCAACAGUGGAACAUCACUCAGAUGACCCAGCACAUGGCGGGACUGAACCUCUACGGAGCCAACGGCAUGAUGGGAUACGACGGUCAGCACAUGGAAGGACCAACGACUCAAAGCUCCACCCACGUGAUGACAUCACACAUCUGGAAGUGAUGUCAUUAUAUGAAGAGGAAGUGCAGUUGAUGUCACUGGAGCAGCAGUGGUGCUUGGAAGGUUUUGGGGACUUUUCUACUAAACUCUCCAUCAGACAAUUAACAGGGGAGGAAGAGGAGAGAAGAGAGGAGAGGAGCGGAUAGGAGGGAAGAGGAUGAGCAGAUAGGAGGGGAGAGGAGAGAAGAGUAGAGGAGAGGAGGAUAAGUUUAUAUAGGAGCUAUUUCUAUCUCUCCUCUUCUCCUCCUCUCCUCUCCUCCUCUCCUCUUCUCUCCUCUCCUAUCCUCUCCUCUCCUCUUCACUCUUCUCCUCCUCUCCUCUCCUCCUCUCCUCUUCUCUCCUCUCCUAUCCUCUCCUCUCCUCUUCACUCUUCUCCUCCUCUCCUCUCCUCCUCUCCUCUUCUCUCCUCUCCUAUCCUCUCCUCUCCUCUUCACUCUUCUCCUCCUCUCCUCUCCUCCUCUCCUCUUCUCUCCUCUCCUAUCCUCUCCUCUCCUCUUCACUCUUCUCCUCUCUCCUCCUCUCCUCUCCUCUCCUCUCCUCCUCUCCUCUCCUCCUCUCCUCUUCUCUCCUCUCCUAUCCUCUCCUCUUCUCUCCUCUCCUCUCCUCUCCUCUCCUCUCCUCUCCUCUCCUCUCCUCUCCUCUCCUCUCCUCUCCUCUCCUCUCUCCUCCUCUCCUCUUCACUCUUCUCCUCUCUCCUCCUCUCCUCUCCUCUCCUCUCCUCUCCUCUCCUCUCCUCUCCUCCUCUUCUCUCCUCUCCUCUCCUCUCCUCUUCACUCUUCUCCUCUCUCCUCCUCUCCUCUCCUCUCCUCUCCUCCUCUCCUCUCCUCCUCUUCUCUCCUCUCCUAUCCUCUCCUCUCCUCUCCUCUCCUCUCCUCUCCUCUCCUCUUCACUCUUCUCCUCUCUCCUCCUCUCCUCUCCUCUCCUCCUCUCCUCUCCUCCUCUUCACUCCUCUCUCCUCUCCUCUCCUUUCAGAGCCAUUUUUGCAGAUUUCCAUGCUUGCCUUCAGAUCAUUCUACGACCAAUCAAAGGACAGAGCUCAGAGGUGAAGGGAUCACAGAUGUCACACUGAACUGGGACAACAGCAUAGAAUACAUCUCAUAUCCAGUGUGUGUGUGUUUGUGUGUGACUGUGUGUGCAUGCUUACCUAUCUCUGAUGUGUAAUUGGUAAUCUGUAUCAGCCUUUAUUUCUGAUGAACUCAUCCAACUGAACUAUUCCUGAUGAACUCAUCCCAACUGAACUAUUCCUGAUGAACUCAUCCCAACUGAACUAUUCCUGAUGAACUCAUCCCAACUGAACUAUUCCUGAUGAACUCAUCCCAACUGAACUAUUCCUGAUGAACUCAUCCCAACUGAACUAGUCCUGGUUUGAAACAGACUUCAGUUAGUUGGUGUCCACCCUAGUCUGUAUAGAUCUGGGUUGCAUUCCAAGUGGCACCCUAAUCCCUUUUAUAGUGCACUACUUAUGACUAGGGCCCUAUGAGGAUGCAGACUUGGUGUAGGUACGUGCUGUUACUAAAGGCACCAUUACCUACCUGCGGACCCUUACCUCUCUCAUCACAGGGGUCUUCAACGCAACUCCUGGAGGGCUUUUUGGAGGAAGCAACACAGAGGUGUACAUUACCAAAUGUCAUCCUAUUCCCUUUGAAGUACACUACUUUUGACCAGGGUAAUAGUAUGCCGUUUGUGACACACCCUAGAGUAUUCUCAGUCAAUUGUCGACCGGCUAAUCAGAAACCAAAGAUGACAGGAGAGCUUUAUAAUGGCUAGUAAUGGCUAGUAAUGGCUAGUAAUGGCUAGGUGAGAUGUGUUGGAUGGCAUCGCCAUUGAACUAAACGGUUAGCGUACUAGUGAUUAUACAAUAUUAGUUACUUCCUACUUCAUAGGCUACAUUCAAACUUGUAGAGGACAUUUAAAUUAGUGCAAUACAUAUUGAAUGGCUAUUAAUGUUUAUGUUACAGGAUAGAAUUAGCAGGUAUGCUAGUCUAGCUAAUAACCCUACAGGAUAGAAUUAGCAGGUAUGCUAGUCUAGCUAAUAACCCUACAGGAUAGAAUUAGCAGGUAUGCUAGUCUAGCUAAUAAACCUACAGGAUAGAAUUAGCAGGUAUGCUAGUCUAGCUAAUAACCCUACAGGAUAGAAUUAGCAGGUAUGCUAGUCUAGCUAAUAACCCUACAGGAUAGAAUUAGCAGGUAUGCUAGUCUAGCUAAUAAACCUACAGGAUAGAAUUAGCAGGUAUGCUAGUCUAGCUAAUAACCCUACAGGAUAGAAUUAGCAGGUAUGCUAGUCUAGCUAAUAACCCUACAGGAUAGAAUUAGCAGGUAUGCUAGUCUAGCUAAUAACCCUACAGGAUAGAAUUAGCAGGUAUGCUAGUCUAGCUAAUAAACCUACAGUAUAGAAUUAGCAGGUAUGCUAGUCUAGCUAAUAACCCUACAGGAUAGAAUUAGCAGGUAUGCUAGUCUAGCUAAUAACCCUACAGGAUAGAAUUAGCAGGUAUGCUAGUCUAGCUAAUAACCCUACAGGAUAGAAUUAGCAGGUAUGCUAGUCUAGCUAAUAACCCUACAGGAUAGAAUUAGCAGGUAUGCUAGUCUAGCUAAUAACCCUACAGGAUAGAAUUAGCAGUUAUGCUAGUCUAGCUAAUAAACCUACAGGAUAGAAUUAGCAGGUAUGCUAGUCUAGCUAAUAACCCUACAGGAUAGAAUUAGCAGGUAUGCUAGUCUAGCUAAUAACCCUACAGGAUAGAAUUAGCAGGUAUGCUAGUCUAGCUAAUAACCCUACAGGAUAGAAUUAGCAGGUAUGCUAGUCUAGCUAAUAAACCUACAGGAUAGAAUUAGCAGGUAUGCUAGUCUAGCUAAUA